AGCAACCGGCGGCAAGAAGAGCAGCUGGAGCGCUCCUUUCCCCAGGCGGACUGCAGGCCGGCAGCGGGCAGGGAAGGGGCGGUGACCGCAGCUGGAGGUCUUUGGCCCGAGGCGGGCGCGUCGGUGGGGAAACGUCGCCAGGCCCUGGGGCGCAGGACGAGCGGUUGCAGAGCGCGACUUUCUCCGGCCGGGCUCAGGGCGUGGGUCCCCGGCACGGAACGCCGAGCGAGCCCGUGCGCAACAGCGCCUCCCCGGCAGACAGCGCCGGCCGGGAAAAGGACCCGCGCGAGCCGGCCUUUCUCUUCCCUUCCUCGCCCCACGUGCGGAGCCGGCUAGCUGCAUGCCGCCCAGCCAGGGCGCCUGCAGGCGGGGAGGCACCGUUGACCGCCUUACCGCUGCCCGAGCCCUUUCCGCCCCGCAGAGAGCCAGGCGAGAGCGGCGGCUGCGCUGCAGGAGGGAAGGCGAGCGAGCGCCGCGCCAGAAGUAGCGGCGGGAAGGGAGUCGCCAGCCGCCGGCCCUGCUGCUCGAACGCCGCUUCAGGCAUCGCGCCCGCCGGGGAACUCGCGAAAGGCAGGCGGCCCGGGAAGCCCACCCGCCCGUCGGGGGCCGCAGCGGAGGCUGGUUUGGCGAGCCCGCGCGUGAUCUCUCAAGGAAGCCAACAAGAACUGAGUGCGAAGGUUGCCUUUUAUAUCUCUGCCAGACCUGCUGUUCAGCACUGGCCCCUCGAUGGCAGUUGGCACUUCGCUGUGAAACCUGCCAAGCUGGACGCCACAGCUGUGAACGACUGCACUUUGGCCACCACAGUGCCCUCUCCUGACCCUGCCAACCAUGCAGUCCUAGCCUGUACUGCAGGCCUUCAUGAAGACCACUAUGUAAGUGAGGCCGUGGAAAACGAUGCCUCAGACUACAGGGAGUACAGAGAUGCCGGCACUAUUACUGAUGUGUGCAAUAGUACUGAUCUUCCUGAAGUUGAGAUCAUCAGCCUGCUGGAAGAGCAGCUGCCCCACUACAAGCUAAGAGCAGAUACAAUCUAUGGUUAUGACCACGACGACUGGCUGCAUACCCCUCUCAUUUCUCCUGAUGCCAAUAUUGACCUAACAACUGAGCAAAUAGAAGAGACACUGAAAUACUUUCUUUUAUGUGCUGAAAGAGUGGGCCAGAUGACUAAAACAUACAAUGACAUUGAUGCUGUUACACGUCUUCUUGAGGAGAAAGAGCGAGAUUUGGAAUUAGCAGCUCGGAUUGGCCAAUCAUUACUAAAGAAGAAUAAAUCUCUAACUGAGAGAAAUGAACUUCUUGAAGAACAAGUAGAACAUAUCCGGGAAGAGGUUUCUCAGUUGCGUCAUGAGUUGUCCAUGAAAGAUGAACUGCUUCAGUUUUAUACCAGUGCUGCUGAAGAGAGUGAACCAGAGUCCAUCUGUUCAACUCCGUUGAAGAGAAACGAAUCAUCUUCAUCCGUCCAGAAUUAUUUUCAUUUGGAUUCUCUUCAAAAGAAACUAAAGGACCUUGAAGAAGAGAAUGUUGUGCUUAGAUCAGAGGCCUGCCAGCUGAAGACAGAAACCAUUACUUAUGAAGAGAAAGAGCAGCAGCUUGUGAACGACUGUGUGAAAGAACUCAGAGAUGCAAACAUCCAGAUUGCCAGCCUCUCUGAAGAGUUAGCUAAGAAAACUGAAGAUGCUGCUCGACAACAGGAAGAAAUUACCCAUCUUCUCUCUCAAAUAGUGGAUCUGCAGAAAAAGGCAAAAGCUUGUACAGUGGAAAAUGAAGAACUUGUUCAACAUUUGGGAGCAGCUAAAGAUGCACAGAGGCAGCUUACAGCUGAAUUACGAGAGCUGGAAGACAAGUACGCAGAAUGCAUGGAGAUGCUCCAUGAGGCACAGGAGGAGCUGAAGAACCUUCGGAACAAGACUAUGCCAAACGCCAUCUCACGCCGUUACCACUCAUUAGGCCUUUUCCCCAUGGAUUCUUUGGCAGCAGAAAUUGAAGGAUCAAUGCGCAAAGAGCUGCAUCUGGAUGAUCCCGACUCUCCUGACUUAACCCAUCACAAGAGAGUCUUUGAUACGGUGAGAAAUGUCAACCAGGUGGUGAAGCAGAGAUCUCUAACCCCAUCUCCAAUGAACAUCCCAGGAUCCAACCAAUCUUCAGCAAUGAACUCUGUCAUUUCUAGCUGUGUCAGCACCCCACGAUCCAGCUUCUAUGGAGGAGACAUCUCCAAUAUUGUAAUAGACAACAAGACUAAUAGCAUCAUCCUAGAAACUGAAUCAGACUCUGGAAAUGAAGAAAAGAAGAAACCUGGAACUCCAGGAACACCUGGCUCUAGUGACCUGGAAACGGCUCUCCGAAGGCUGUCUCUUCGGAGGGAAAACUACCUGUCGGAGAGGAAGUUUUUUGAAGAAGAGCAGGAAAGAAAGCUGAGAGAAUUGGCAGAGAAAGGUCAACUCCAUAGUGGCACCGUUACGCCCACAGAGAGUAUCAUGUCAUUUGGAACUCACUCCAGGUUUUCUGAAUUAACUGGAUAUUCAGGAAUGUCCAUCUGCAGUCGCUCUUACCUCCCAGAGAAGCUUCAGAUUGUGAAGCCCUUAGAAGGUUCUGUCACUCUGCACCACUGGCAGCAGCUUGCUCAGCCUCAUCUGGGGGGCAUCCUAGACCCACGGCCUGGGGUUGUCACUAAGGGCUUCCGGACUCUGGACCUGGAUGUAGAUGAAGUAUACUGCCUUAAUGAUUUUGAAGAAGACGAGACAGGUGACAUUACAUUCAAGGGCCUAACUACCUCAACGCCAGUUCAGCACACAGAGACCUCAGGUGAGAGGUCCCAAGCACAAGUGACUGUUUCAGACAGCGAGAAUUGUCCAAGUCGCUCUCAGGCUUUCCCAGAGGAGAUGCAGGAACCUGCGACUGACGAUGAUGAGGGGUCUGUACAUCAUCCUGGGAAGUGCAUGUCACAAACCAACUCCACCUUCACCUUUACCACCUGCCGCAUUCUGCACCCUUCUGAUGAGCUCACACGAGUCACUCCAAGCCUUAACGCAGCACCUACUCCAGCUUGUAGCAGCGUUGGCAACUUGAAAGGCACUCCAGUGGCCACUCCAUGCACUCCACGGCGUCUCAGUUUGGUAGAAUCCUUCACUAACCUUCGGGAGUCCACAACUACUAUGAGCACAUCUUUGGGGCUUGUUUGGCUUCUCAAGGAACGUGGGAUAUCAGCAGCUGUGUACAAUCCACAAAGCUGGGACAGAGCCGGCAGGAGCACCCUGCUGAGCACUUACUCUCCCAAAAUGGCUGCCAUUCCUUCCACUCCUCCAAAUUCACCUAUGCAGACACCUUCUUCUUCCCCACCAUCUUUUGAAUUCAAAUGCACGAGCCCCCCUUAUGAUAACUUCCUGGCUUCCAAACCUGCCAGUUCCAUUCUGAAGGAAGUGAGGGACAAAAAGAACAGCAGGAACAGCGAGUGUCAGACUGAUGUGUCUGUCUCCAACCUUAACCUAGUAGACAAAGUAAAAAAGUUUGGGAUUGCCAAAGUAGUUAGCUCGGGGCAAGCACAAGCUCCUACGCUACCUGAUGACCGAGGACCUCUUCUAUGUGGAGCGCAAAGACCAGUGAAGGCCUUUAUUCCUGGAGGCCUGGUGCCAGAAGGCUUGCCUUUGGGUCCUGUUGUGACAAGCGCUAUUGGGGGCAUUCAGUUGAACAGUGGCAUUAGGAGGAAUCGCAGCUUCCCAACAAUGGUGGGUUCCAGUAUGCAGAUGAAAGGGCCAUCGACUUUGACGCCAGGCAUCCUAAUGGGAGCUAAGCUUCCCAAACAAACUAGCUUACGAUGAAUGGCUAAAUGUAUGGCUAGUCUUCUAGACAUGUUUCAAGAACCUUCCUUCAGACUUUUUUUUUUAAUCUUCCAUUUGCUGUUAAGUUUGACAAAUCAACUUUGUGCCUAAUGGGAAAAAAGUGUAAAGUUUGUACAGAAUGUAAAUAUUUACCAGAUGUAUUAUAAAUGAAUCAUGACACUGUUUUGACAAUUUAACUCGCUAACCUUUUGAAAGGGUGUUUUGUUUUCCUUUGCACUGAAAAAAGCAAUCCUUGGAUAGAAAAAAUAAUAGAUUAUCUCAUUCCCAUAGCUCGACAUCAGAAUUAGCCUUGUCGAGAGAAGAUUACCGAUCAUACUAUCACAACUGUCAAAUAUUGACAUGCACACAGUCACAUCCGUAAAUGCAGGAGCUGUUGAAGCUCACGAGGCGUUCAACAAAAGCAAGUAGUUUAGUAUUCCAACAUCUUAUUUUGCCUUUGAGGAGGAGAGAGAAUAUGCAGUUCCGUAGCUCUUAUGCAUAACCCGUGAAAGGAUUUUUUCCCUUAUACAAUAAACCUGAAAUAAUACGUUUUGAAAAUGACUGCUAAGGCUGCUAGGAACCUGGGAAGAGAACAGCUACUGCCAUUCCUAGCACAUAACAUGUUCUGUGUUAAUUUUAUUUUCAGUACCGCACUGGAUUGUGAAAGGGAAAAUGCUUUAAUAUAGUGUUUUGUUGCAGACACUGAGAACAUGCCCUUCAAAAGAAAAGAGAACAUCCUUAGAAUUAUUCCUUGCUUUCAUGAGGUCAAAUAAUAGCCUCAGUCUAGAGAGCCAAAGUUACUGAAAAAGGUGAUUGUGGGUAUGGUCAAAAUGAAAUGUAAAAGAAUGUACUACAGUAUUGGCAAUGUGUCCUUAGAGAAUAAUUAGGAAAAAUAUUUAGUGAAAGUGGUGCAAGUGAAGGAAAAUGAAAUUUUUAGUUGCCUUUCACUUUCUCUCUAUAGAUUAUGAAAUAUAAAAAUGAUCCAGCGGAUAGUUUUUUUAAAAAGGAUUAGACUAUUUCUUCUUAAAUACUGUUAAUAAUUUUUUCUUUCCUGCAUAUGUUUCCAUCAGAAUCAAGCAAUAUAACCGCUAGAUAUUAUUAGUGAAUGGCUUUAUUUCACCUGCCUAAUUUUUGUCCUUAGUUCCCCCCCAGCUACAAUGUCUAAAAUCUUGAAGUAAUAUCAGACAUUGAGAACAAAUGAGAUGACCUCCAUCUGCCAAGAAGCUCUCUUUAGACAAACCCAUCCAAACAAGAGCUGUGUAAGAGUGCUCAUGCACAACUCCCAUUCCUUUUAGUGGGGCUUGCAUAAGAGAACUCCUGGGCGGCUUGUGUCCUGAGUCAGAGCGAUUCUUCCGUUUCCAUGUGAAAUGGUUGGUGUGCAUGGGUUGUGUGGGUGGCUGUUGUUCUGUGAUAAUUUAAAAUCAAGCCCAGUUUAUUUAUUGAUGCCAGUACUGCACUACAUGUAAUUACUGUGCAUUGCCAUUUGUGCCAGACUGUUACUAAAUCAUUAGCACUGAUAAUUAUUUGUAUUAAUGAAACUGUUUUGUUUUUAAUGGAUGACAAAUGUGUUGGGUGUCUUGAAAUGAAGUAGACAGCUGCAAUACUGCUCGGAAGAUGGAGAAUGUUGGGGGGCAGGGGUGAAAGCAAGCACAGGCAGUCAACUGAUGCGUGUGCUUCCUGAUUUCUAUUUAUUCGAUAGACUUUAAACCUUUUAGCACAUUGCCAUGGGCUCUACUUGCUGUUUGUAUGUGUGCACAUUGCAAGUAUGUAACUUUAUCUUUUUAUCUGAAUGUAUCUUAAGACAACCAAUAGAUUAACAAUUUGAAUACAUGAUGAACAGGUGAGGACAUUUUCGUCUUAAGUGGAGACCAUGAUACCAUUUGAGGAACAAAAAGAUAAAAACAACCAUAUGAUUCAAUUGGAAUGUAUUACUUAAAUAGAUUAGCCAACCACCAGAAAAGUAAAUAGUAAAAAGGACAUUUAUAUUUUCUUUUCACAAUUGAACAUAAAUAAAACCAAUAAAAGUUCUGUUGUGGAUGAUUCA